AAAAAAAAAAUCCCAGCCCAACGAUUUGCGUCUGACAAUUACGUAACCUCUGUUUCCAUGUGAAAUGCAAAUUCACAUCCUUCACAAGAGUUUAAACCAAUUCAAAGUUAGUUGUUAUUCGACUGACACGUAAUUUAUCCUAUCAGAGUGCUGUAUUGUAGUGACUGGGCGGAACAAAUACUGUCACGUAGGACAAAGGAAUGAACAUCACGCUUGUAAACUACUAAGGAUACUGUUUCUCUAGUGCCUGGAGCAGACUGAUCUGAGGGAGGAUGAAUAAUCGGCUUCAUAAUAAUUACUCACGCUCCCUUGUUCUGUUGUCAUCUUGCUAAAUAUACUUUAUGUGGUUCAUUUGACCCGAGGAAGUAAAUAGGGGUUACAUAUUGAAAAUCCAAUAAGCGUUCAGGUAACCGUGCUUAAACAUAGAACAUUUUUAAAUAUCCAUGAAGGUAAACUCCACUGAGGUUUUAAGGUAUUUUGUGACUGCGAAACGUGCAUGAAUAGUCAAUGAAUGCUAUGCUAGUGUCUGAUUGGUUUUCUGUUGUCGAACUCGUUGACAUAUUCAAUCAACCAUCGUUUACUGUUAACUUUUUGAGGUUAAAAUAAUACUGAAAUUAGGGCCAAAGAGUAAAAGCGGUACAGACACAUUGUUUAAAGUAGCAUUAACCCGGAAUUCUAAAAUAAACCAUCAUAAGCUCUUCUGUAAUAGCUUAACUUGAAGAAUGGUGUGAUACCUGCAUCACCUGAGCGCUGGGUACACACUGUGCGUCAUGCGUAAAGGGCGGGACUUGUGAGAUCUCCCAAACAGAACAGUUACACACAGUAGCUUUGAACGACGCCGGACACACGGCAAACAUCAAGCAGGGACGUACUUACAAAGAGCAAUUUUAGUCCCGUUUGAACUUGUAUUUAAACAUGUCUUUGGGUGACCAGCAGUGGUAUCCCACCAGCGUUCAGGUAACCGUGCUCAAAGCACGAAACUUACGUAUCAAGGGCAAAAAUGGAACGAACGACGCCUAUGCCAUCAUGCAGGUGGGCAAGGACAAGUUUUCCACCUCGGUAGCGGAGAAAUGCGUCUCACCGGAAUGGAAGGAGGAAGCGACGUUCGACUUGCCGCUGGUACAUCAGGGGGACGUGGAACGAUGCACGCUGUACAUCAUCGCCAUGCACCGUGCCCUGGUGGGGCUAGACAAGUUUUUGGGGCAGGCUGUCAUCAAUUUAGUGGACCUCCACGCCAACAGAUCACGCAAGAAAACCGACUGGUACAAGCUGGUGGAUAAGCAUGGGAAGCAAGAGAAGGACCGUGGGGAAGUUAUGCUGGACAUUCAGUUCAUGAGGAAUAACAUGACAGCCAGCAUGUUUGACCUCUCCAUGACAGAGAAGCCUCGCUCUGGAAUCGCUAAGCUCAAGGAUAAAAUUCGUGGAAAGAAGAAAGACGGCCUGUCAGAUUCUGCUUCUGCGAUUGUGCCCUCAUCAAUGGAAACAGACAGCGAAGGAGAAGGAGAGGGCAGUUCAGACUCUCCAAAGAAGAAAUCAAAGCUGAAAUCCCUGUUUGGGCCAAAAACUAACCUCCAAAGGAAUGUGUCUCAGUCCAUGUCAACCCUCGGCACCCUACCUGAGAAGAACAGUUCACUUAGCAGCAGCAGAUCAUCAGGCCUUAAUGUGGAUUCUCCUGAUGUGAAAAAGAAGUUUAAAAUUCUGGGACACAAGCGCACUGACAGCUCGGAUAGCAAAGUGUCACUUGGCCCUUUUUCUCUUCUGAGUCGCUCUAAACAGAACAUCCAGGAGCAGAAUAACCUCUGUAUCAACGGCAGCCAUGUUUAUGCAGAGGAUCAAGAACCCAAAGCCAGCUUUGGCUCCACGCUCAGCCUGAACAGCUCCGGAAAGGGUUCGGCAGAGGAUGUUCGUAAAUUCCAUCAACGGAAUAUUUCUGACGUCUCCAUCGACUCAUUUAAAGGCCUAAGUAUUCCCUCGUACAAGCCUGAAGUGCAAGACAAAACUGUCCCACAGCGCCCUCUGGAGGACAAAAACUCGCAACCUGUGAAGGUGCUGGAGGAGGAGAAGGAAAAGAAACCCGAAGGAAGAAGCCUUCAAGAGAUGCUGGACCGGCAGGAGGAGCAAGAGCAAUGGAGGCAGCAGGAACGAGAGAGGAAGCAGGAGGAAGAGAGGAAAGAACAAGAGAGGAAGCGCAGAGAAGAAGAAGAGCUGCAGAGGAAGAGACGUGAAGAGGAGACUCAGCAUGCCGAGGAGCAGCGGCACCAGGAGGAGAGCAGAGUAACUGAGCGGCUCUCCUCGCUCUUCGGCAUUGGAAAGAAAAAGGAAGAGAAGAAAGAGGGAUCUGGUUCUCCAGCUAUGAAUGAACCCAAACAUCUGAAUGUGUCCUCCUCCACAAACCCCUUUGAAGACAUUCCCCUCACCCCAGAUACUUCAGCUUCUUUGCCAGAAGAGAGAUCCACAGACCCCCGGAGAGGCAUCAGGGGAAUUGCCCCAACACCACCCGCUAGUGCUUUCCCUAGCCGAACAGCAAAAGUGUCCGCUGUCAAGCCAAGAUUGGCUCUGAAUGUACUGCCUGAAACGCAUAAUAGCCUGUCCCAAUCCCCCUCAAACUUUGUAAACAAGCAGAGCACUAUCCACGCUUCUCCAGUUUCCUCAUCCCUUUCUACUGAUCCAUUUGAGUCUCUUGGUAUGUUUUCUGAUCUUCAUUCUUCUCUGGCACCCCCUAAACCUCCGAGAAGUUUCAGCGAGUCAAUUGAAUCCAAUAUGGAAAACCUCUCCGCUCCCAAAUCUGAGAAGCGACAGGCUCCUCUUCCCCCAGGUUAUAUUGGGGGCUCAUCCAGUGCUAGAAACGGGAGACAGGACUCUAAAAAUACUCAAAGGCCUCCUCUUCCUCUUCCUGACUAUGAAACACUUUUUCCCAAGAAGAGGCAUGGGGUGAUGAGUCAAACACGUUGGGACCAUAUUAUCGCAGAGGUAAACCAGAGAAACUGGGAUUUCUCGGAAGAGAUGAACGUAGAUGGACCAAACAAAUCAUUGUCGAAUUCAUCUGCAGUUUUGAAGGACAGAACCUCAGCCAACCUUAACCAGCUUCAAAGAAAUCAUGAGCCUCUUCCACCUGUCCUUACAAGGCCCAAAGAAGCCCUCAAGCCACCAAAGGUUCAUGAAACAUCAGAACCAACGCUUAAGACCACUGUCCAACAUGACAAUUUCAAUGAGUCUGUAUAUGCUACUGUUAAUAAACCUGGAAAAUCAAAGAACUUUGAAAACAACCCACAUCCAGCUGUCCAACAUUUACCUCAGGAUAUGGAAAGGAAGACUCCUGAUGGCAUUACCUAUCAACCCUCCCAUUCAAUAGAUAAGCCUACACCAGCCUCCAGGGUCAAACAAAAUAUAAAUCCAAAGACUGAAGAUGUGGCUAAACAGAUGCCUUCAGCCAAACCCCGACAACAGUCAUUAGUCAAGGACCCAGUCAGACAGGUUGAACCAGACCAGCAUGUGACAACUCAGCCUGUGACUUCAGAAAAUAACAAAGCUGAGAAAUCAGAGAAGGGCCAAAAGGGAAGUGUUUUUACAAGUAAGUCCCACCUUAGAACUUCAGAAGUUCCAGAAAAUUUGGGAAAACUUUCUAAGGAUCCUGAUGGAAGUGGAAUGAUCAACACAUUCCCAGGUGAUAAUGUAGGUACUGAAGAUCCUUGGGCUUUUAUACCACAGCAAACCACAGAUGAGGAGGAUGUGCUCUUCACUAAAGGCCCAACGCAAUUGAAAAGUAUUGAAGAUCAAGAGUUAUCCUACAAUAAAAACCUAGCAAAAAAAGAUAACAGCAUGGCACCAAAAUCGGAGUCUGAAAAACAAGCUCCAAGCUUUACUGAACAAGCUAGAGCCACAUUUCAAAGAAAUUUUUCCCUAAGAAAGAAAAAUCCAUCUCAUCUUUACACAACCCCUGGGAAAGCUGGUACUGAGAGUAGUAGUUUGGAUAGAUCAAUUUCUCAAUCUUCGCAAGAUGCUGAAGAUGUUGAGAUGACAGUAACUAGUAUUGCUUCAUCAAGCAGAACUGAGUCCACGCCAGAAACAUCUCAAACUCCAACUGGCGGCAAGACUGCACUCCGUGCUUGGGUCUCACCUUCAGAAUCUCAGACAUAUACUUUGCAGAGUGGUAGUGGAAAUGCAGUUUCUAGUUCAAAAAGGCCACAUCCAGUGAAACCUAUGAGCACAACAGAGAACCAGAGUCCCAGUGUUCUUGCUGUGGGGAAAGAACCAAAGACUAUCACCAUCAAGGAAAUGGCUAAGUCAAAA